AUGAGUGCGGUUUGGGAUCCCUUCAAGCCUUUCCCUGCAGAGCAACAUGUCAUCAGACGGCUGAACUACAGUUUGUAUGGGACUGGUGGUAGAAACGGACCAGCACGAGAAGCUGGAAGAGCAAACUCUCCUUUUGAUAGAUUUCGGCCGCCUGCUGAACCUGUCACCCUGGCUCCUUCGCGCAACGACGUCCCCCUGCUGGAUCCUUGCACUGGUCAGCUGAGCGCAGGAGCGGAGGUGGACCUGGGGGUCAAAGGUCGACCGAAAUUCAUAGAUUUCCAUCAUGUGGCCUCUGCCCUGUGGGUCCCUCCAGGUUUCAGAGAGAGGGCAACAACAGCCCCGAACCCCCCUUGUGUCUGCUUGGACCUGAGUGAGAACAAGGCCUUGAACUACAGGAGGAUCCCUGAUACAGUCUUCAAAGCAAGAACCAAAGGUUCAACCACUGCUGAUAAAGUUCAACCAAUGCACCUCAGGCUCACUGAUAAACACACUGGACCACAGGAUGACAUCUCCUCUGAUGUGAGACUGUGGACAGACCCAGUGGCAGUGCGACGCUUCAGAUACACAUCUACAACCCACAGGACUUAUGAGAAAGUUGGUUGGGAAACGAAGUUCCCACGGUGCUUGAAUGAACCAGAAACAUCCCUGACAAGAAAGGCUGACCCGCUGAGUGAGGGUCCCUCGACCAGGCGCUACAAUAGUAGACCUCAGCUGUGGCAGUCUAUAGGAGCUGAGUGGAGCCGGCAGCAGCUUCGACCGAGGUACGAUGCCAAGAAACCCAUAUCGUUUUGCAGCGGAUGUCCAAGGUCGGGUCAGAUCCCUCUGUACACUGGUACGAUUGGCUCAAAGAACAUGGAUAGUAUUGACAACAUGGAUGACACCUUUCAGCCGCUCACCCUGAAGAGGAGCAUCGUGCCGCCGUACACACCAACAGCACGACGAACCACGAUCCCUGGUUACAUAGGCCGGGCUGCCUAUGCUGACGGUGGUGCUGAUGCUGCACUCCCUGUCCUGGCUCCUGCUCGCUCCUCUGGGUGA